AAAAACAUGAAAAAAAAAAGUUGUUUUGAGUCUGUCAGACAACCGUGUGACCAUCUCAGUCAGUUGAACUAGGCCGAGAACGAUCAUCUACAGCUGAAGAUGAUGCACACAUCAUCCUGGCCGUUAAUCACGCUCUGAUCACACGGUCAUGGUUCAUCCACCAGACGUAUGUUCCUGUCUCCUUAGAAAUCAAGGACACAGUAGUACGAUCCUAUAGAACAGAUCCUGUUCAAGUAAGGUCGUGCUUGAUUGUGCUCAGUUUCAGGUAUAUAAACAGUUGAGUUUUUCUGUUAUUAAGCGAUGUGGGACUAACUUCGUUGUUUUUGUUGUAACUCUCGCUUUGGGUUUUAGAUAUAAAAUGCUUUUAAGUUUUGCAAUCUUUCAAGAUUCUGUAGCAAAACAAAAGCAGCUUUGGUGGGGCUACCGUUUCAAGAAUCUGGGGCCCAUUUUCAUGAAUGGUGACUGAGUUGUGUACAGGUGUCAGAUCAGCUUAUCUGGAUCCUUCCUUCGUAAUACCAUCAACACAAUCUUUGUCUGAAGGAGUAACCAGGAGUUUUGUAGUUAUUAAUAUAGUUCUCAGAAUGCUUGUUAUUUAUCUGCUUUUCCUGAACCCAUUCUUCACGAUUCCACCAUCGCCGACACCGUCUUUGUCUCCUAAAGAUAUUUCCAGUGAAAGGCUGCAGAUGUUGAGUCAGAGAGAUAUUAAAAGGAAUGGUGGCUAAGGGAAUAUGCAUCACAAGGUUCUCUGUGGUGUAUCCUCUUAGAUGUAAGACAGAUUAAAUCUCUGCAUUUUCUUAAGCAGGGGCAUAUUAAACAUGAGAAAGGCAUCAACACAUGUUAAUUUUCUUAAGCAAAAAAAGGUCAAUGUUGUUAACCUUUUGAAACAUAAAGGACCAACUUAAGGGGAAAAAAGACAGAGGAUUAAUCCGAAGUCUCUUACUGCAAACUGACAACUGUAGCUCCUUACUGUAAAUUCAUGCCUUGUUAAUACUGUAAGUAUUUUAUUAAGGAUAUAUAGGGAUAAAAUUCUCCCACUCUUAUCUCAACUUUUUUAUCA